ACUCACUCUGAUAUAGGCAUCGAGAGAGAGAGAGAGAGGAGAGACAAAGUUCGUCCGGCAGUGAAAGCUACAAUGCAUGAAAGCCAGUGAUAUAAAGAAGAAAGCAAAGCAAGCAGAGACCACAGAGUUCACAGUGAUCAUAAAUCUAGAGAGAAAAAGAGGGAGAAAGAGCUGAUGGUAGUUAGCAGCAGCAGGUCUGGCACAUAGCUAUAAUCUCUUGCCUCUACUCCUCCUCCUCUUUCUUCCCUUUUGAGAAAACCCUUAUAACUCCCUCUUCACUUUCUUCUCUUUCUUCCUCCUCCUACUUGAAACCCUAAAAACAAACUAAAAUGAACGAGAGAAAAAGCCAAGAUUUCAUAAGCGUUGACUCCUUCUCCCAACUCCCGUUCAUCCGCCGUCAGAUAAAGCCGCCGCCGCCAACGCCGCCGUCUAAGUCACCCAAUAUCCGCCUCUUUGGCUUCAACUUCCCCUCCACCGCUGACGAUCAUCCUCCCACAGCCGCCGCCGCCACCAGCGGGACCACCGAUAACGGAAGGAAGUUUGAAUGCCACUACUGCUGCCGUACCUUCCCCACCUCUCAGGCUCUCGGCGGUCACCAAAACGCCCACAAGCGCGAGCGUCAGCAAGCAAAGCGGGCACACCUGUACGGCGCUGUCGGUUACCACCGCUUAAGCAUACCGGCGGCGCCUGCGACCAGCUUCCCUUUCAGCCAUCCGGCGCCGGCGCGGUUCUACCCGUCUUGGAAUAUGACGGCAACGCCUGCCGGAUUGGGCUCGGCAACGCAGCCUAUCAUUGGAAGCCCAUUGCAGGAUAUGUGGAGAAUUCCGGCGGCGGUGGCGGGAAGAGAAGUUGGAUUUUCUUGUACUGAUUCUUCUUCCUCGUCGUCGACAUCGCCGAUAAAGGAGAGUGUUUGCGAUUUGAAGGAUGGUGUGAGCCUUGAUCUCCAUUUGUAAUUGUUUUACGAAAAAAGGCAUCUGUUUCUGACAUGGAAUCAAUUUUCUGA